AUGCAAAGCGUAUAUGACAGCUUCCCAGACGAUGAUAGCACUAAAGAUGUCUAUUUUCAAGCCGCUGGUCUCACGUAUUCGGAGAUUAGAGACCGCCACGUCCUCCUUUGGUGGUUGAAUGAUGAACUGACAGAAGAUGUACCAAUCACGCAGGUUGUCCAGCUGACCGGUCAGCCGGGGAAUUAUAAUUACUAUGCACCAGUCGUCGUGCGGUCUCGGGAACCCCGCACUGCGAACCUCCAAAUUACACUUGGCAGGUUCUCGCGCGCACAACGGGACCAAAUCCUCCAGCUUGCGAUGGACGUGAAGUUCGAGAAAAAAUUUACCGUGAAUAGUUGCAGGAUUUGGACGAGGGAUCUUCUGGAAGCGAUGGUCGGGAGAGGAUUGAUCUCCGGGGACCUGUUUACGGAUAUUGACGGCGAGGUCCCACUUUGA